AUGAAGAUUUUCGUGAAGACUCUCAAGGGUAUCACCUUCGACAUCGAAGUAAAACCCGAGGAUUCGGUUGCAGAUGUAAAGAAAACCAUAGAGGGAACCACAGAGAGUAAAGAUGGAUCAGAUAAGUAUCCAGCUGCACAGCAAAUGCUUAUCCACCAGGGGAAAGUUCUGAAAGAUGACAGUACACUGGAAGAAAAUAAAGUUGCUGAAGGCAGUUUUGUUGUUGUUAUGCUGAGCAAGGUACAAAGUCUAUCUAUUGGAAUUUACUCUAGUGAUAGGUAUCCAUGUUUGCAGCUGGGGAUCACUUUUAAAUUUAUUCUAUUUUCUACGCCAUUGACAACAACAUGCAUUCCACAGGGAUGUUUUGAAGUAAAAAGCAAAUUUUUAACUUACAAUGCAAGUCCUCAACAGAUCCUAAUGGCUGCACCAGCACCAGCUCCAGCUCCAGCUCCAGCUCCAGCUCCGGCUGUCAGCGAUGUGUCAGAAGUGUAUGGCCAAGCUGCAUCUAAUCUUGUUGCUGGUAGCAACCUGGAUGGGACAAUACAGGAAAUUCUUGAUAUGGGUGGGGGAACUUGGGACAGAGACACUGUUCUCCGUGCCCUUCGUGCUGCUUAUAACAAUCCAGAAAGAGCUGUCGAGUAUUUGUACUCUGGGAUCCCUGAAUUGGCUGAAGCUCCAUCUGCCGGGCAGGAUGCUAAUGUAUCUGCUCAGCCUCAGCAAGCUGCUCAACCAGCACCUGCUGCAUCUACAGCUGGCCCGAAUGCAAACCCACUGAAUCUUUUCCCUCAGGGCUUGCCGAACGCAGGUGCGAAUACCGGUGGUGCGAAUACCCUCGAUUUUCUCCGCACUAGUCCACAGUUCCAAACCUUGAGAGCAAUGGUGCAGAACAACCCGCAGAUCUUGCAGCCCAUGCUUCAAGAAUUAGGAAAGCAAAACCCUCAAUUAGUAAGGCUGAUUCAAGAGCACCAGGCAGACUUUCUACGACUCAUCAAUGAGCCUGUUGAAGGCAGUGAAGCAAUCUCCAGCAUGCUCGGGCAGUUGGCAGGGGCGAUGCCUCAGGCUGUUUCAGUUACACCCGAAGAACUUGAAGCUAUAGAAAGGCUAGAAGCAAUGGGAUUUGGUCGUGAAAUAGUGGUCCAGGUUUUCUUUGCGUGCAACAAGAAUGAGGAGUUGGCUGCUAACUACCUCUUGGAUCACAUGCACGAGUUUACGGACUGA